AUGAGUGUGCUUCGAAUUCCAGAAGCCAUUGAUCCUUCAGCCGAUCUGCAGAUUUUCGGCAACCCGAAAGCUUCCUUCGAUUCGGUUUCCGAUAAAGAGAAUGUCGGGUGGGAGGAGAGUAACCAGAUUCCCAUAGAGGAAAAAUCGAGAACUGAUCGUUUUCCGACCAAGGGCUCCGAUGAAAAAAUGGUCGCUUUGGAUGAAUUUCGAGAUGAGAAGAAAAUUGACGACGAAAUCAAAGAAAUCGAGUCUCAGAUUAUGAAGCUAAAGUCGAGAUUGGAGGCCCUCAGGCUCGAAAAGGCAGAGAUGAACAUGAAAGCUCUCGAUUUCAAGAAAACUGGCGCAGAGCCCAAGUCUCAGAAGAGAGGGAUCAGUUUAGGGCCUGUUGAGAUCAUGUCCGGGGCCCGGAAAGGGACUCUUGUGGGGCCCACCGAGAUUUUCGGGCUGGCCCGGAGAAAAUCGUGCUUCUGGAAGCUGCAGGACAUUAAUGAAGAGAAGUCGAUCUCGAGGGAAACGAGCAAAAAGGGCUUCUCGAGCAUGAGCCCAAAAUCACGACGAGCCGUGACAACAAUCUCGACGAGAAAGACUUCGAAAAAGGAUGACUCGGUUCUGAACUCGGUCCAGCCAAAGAAAUUGUUCGGAGAAGGUGAAAACACGGGCUUUGCUGUGGGCUUUGUGGCUAGCAAGAAGAAGCCUUCGAGGCCCGGGAGAGUUGUGGCUAGCCGCCAGAAAUGUGAUGCUAAACGGGCCUUGCCGGAAAACAGCAGAGUGAAAAGGCGUUGGGAAAUCCCGAGUGAGAUUGUCGUUCACGGCAGUUUGAAUAUAGAGAAGUCUCCUCCUCCAUCGUCUAUUGUAUUGCUGCCUAAGAUCAAAAUUGCUCGGUUUGUGAAGGAAAGCCCUCGGGACUCGGGCCCGGAUAAGAAAGUGGCUGAGUUAAUUGGGAGAAAAUCGUUUUUUGCAAAAAAAUAUGAAAGGUGGACUCGCCCAUUUGUCAAGCUCUUACUUAUGCUGAAGAGGAUGAAGAAGCUGAGGAAGAUGAUGGGUAAUUCUCGAGGCUUGUUUGUAUCUGACUUUUAG